AUGUUUUCCUUAUUAGUGUUGGUCACUACGUUCAACAUUCUCCGGGAUACCAUGAUAGUGUUGAUGGAAGGCAUGCCGAAAGGAUUGAAUUUCUCAGAUGUCCUGGAGACAUUCAUGAGCAUCGACGGAGUGGUUAGGGUGCAUAAUCUCAGGGUCUGGGCUCUGAGUCCGGACAAAAUUGCUUUGGCCGCCCAUCUGGCAGUCAAGCCCGGUGCGAACACUACCACAGUGCUAAAAGAAGCUUCUCGCAGGAUGUACAAAAAGUACAAUUUCUUCGAUUGCACUCUACAAAUCGAAGAAUUCGAAACUCAGAUGGAGAGCUGCAAACAAUGUCAGCCACCCGAGUGCUGA